CCUCAUCCUCGUCCCCCUCGAGCUGUAAUCUCUGAACACGCGCAAGCCUUUGGCACACGGUUGUAAGUACAGUACACGCGCAGUACUUGCAUCACCGAAAUAGCCGGCGACACGACUGCGCACUAGAAGCGCGUUCGGUCGCGACUCGCGAGCCCGCGUCCGUCUGCACUUGGUCCGCACCGUCACCUACGGCACUGACGAGGCUUUCAUCCUCUCUCUAAGUAACUCUUGCUUAAUCUCUGGAUGGACUUCUGCUAGCACUUGACCUAUCUCGCGCGUAGAUAGCCUUUUGACUGCGAUUACAACCCGAUGGACAAGUUCACGACCCUCGAGCCGGUCCGGCUUUACAACUCUCCUGCUUCCUCGACACCAUCGUCCUCCAGCAAACGCCUCUCGAUCUUCUCGCCUCUCACACCACGCCCUGCAGCGUCGUCAAGUUCACCUUUCGCGAAUGCGCACCUACGCCAGCGCGGACCCGCGCCGUUCGAGCGGAUUGGCCGGCUCCCCGCGGACCUGCACAUUCUCUUGCUCACACACGUCGCCGUGCCCGACCUGCCUGCGUACGCGCGGGCAUGCCGGGCGACGGGGGCGCUCGUGCGCGACGAGCGGGUGUGGGAGCAGCGCUGGCGGAUGUUCGGGCUGGACGACGGGCUCGGGGACGACGUGCAGGGAUACGCCAAGAACGCCAGUGCGAAUGGGAGAGCGAGCACGGACUCGAGUGCGAAGGGGAAGGGGCAUCUGCACGAGGUGUUGGGUGUGCUGGAGGAACGGAGCAGGGAGAGGAAUGGGGCGACCAAGGGCGGGGCGCCGCCGACGCUGACGGUGGACAUCGGCGACGACGAGUUUGGCGACUUUGCGUCGGGCGCGGAGGGCUCUGCGGUGCUGAAUGCGCCGGCGGACGAGAUGGGCGACUUCGUUGGUGCGUUCUCCAAUACGACAAUUGGCACACCCCGUCCAGGCUCUGCGUUCCCCACCUUCACCUCACCACCAACCCCAAGUGCGCCGUCCAAACCGACCUUCCGUGCGCAGUACAUCCGCGCCCACACCCUCCUCAAACCGCUCGUUCCAGCUUUGUAUGCACCACCACAUGCCGUGCUCUCUACAUUGUUUCCUCCAUCCUCGUCUCCCUCUCCCUCACCCUUCCAGACGCCGCUCCAGCAGGCGCACACCCUCCGCCUACUCGCGCUUUUCCUCUCUUCACGCGUGAAACCACUCCGCUCAUGGUCGGCGCUUGCUGCUGCGCUGCGGGCUGCGACGGACCGCUUCGAAGAUGCGCUGCUCACCGCAUUUGAUGUCGCGGAUGGCCGGGCAGAUGAAGCCGGGAUGCGUGAAGCCGCAGAAGCAAGCUGGGAAGUGUUUGACCGAAGCGGGGGCGACGGGAGGAGCAGUACCUUCGGCGACAGGGGCAGCAGCGGGGGCGAGCUUCACUGGGAACUCGGCACGGUGUGGAUCGAGAAGCGGGAAAUCUUCUACGAGCAGUCGAAGUGGCGGCCGCUCGACAACUUCACGCAGGAUGGGGAGCUCGACUUUGACGCGAUGGACGCGUUUGUGGGUGAGGUCCUUGGCGCCCUCCGGGAACAUGGAGCGAGAGCGGUGCGUGUGUUCCCGCCUGCGACGGGCGUGCUCCUCGCGUUUGCAGAUCGGCUUGCGGGGGAUGUGGUAGGCGAGUAUACCGCGCCGCUAUUGACGCGUGCUCGCGAGCUCAGCAACGAGACGUUCCUCAAGGCGUGCGCUGCAUCCUUUAAGGAGGCAUGGCGGAUGGCUGACGUGAUACUCGAAACCGCGGCGGAGCGGAGCGACUCGUGCGUCACGAAAGCUCAAGCCGAGGACGUUGUAUAUCGGAUGUUCGAGCCGAACAUGGACGAAUAUCUCGACGAGGAGAUCGAGUUCGUCAAAGGGUGCUUCGAACGCACGUGCCGAACAUGGGAAGUAGAGCUCCUCCAGCAGUCCGGUCCCGCCAUCCCGGGUCAAUCGAAAACAGCGGAGCACGCACAUGUGCGCUUCAUCGGGUCGUCAAAUCCCGCGCAAGUAAAGCGCAACGUCCUCGCGUCGUUCGCAGACGUCCUCCUCCUGCCCGUCACAAUCGUGCCGCGCACAGCGGCAACGGUCGGCAAGGCCGUCGUAGCUGGUGGAUCCGCUGCCGUGCAGGGCAUAUCCAUGCUGAACCCGCAGAAGUGGGGCGGUACUGCCACAGGAGCCCCGAAUAGCGUCGAGGGCGGCAGCGGCGGGGGCAUUGGAAAGCGGUUCUCGAAGCUCAGCCCGUGGAGACAGAGCCGCGGGAGCGUGGACUAUAAGAAGAAUGGGUACACGCAGGACUUUGAGAAGGGCAAGGACGGGAGCACGUUGUUCGAGAUUGGGGAUGCGGAUGAGGAGGCGGACGGCGAUGGCGAAGACGAGGGGGAGUUCGUGAACGCAGACGUUGAUGACGAGAAGACAGACCAAUGGUCUGUAUCCUCGAGCACUACCGCCCACUCGCAGCCUGCACCGUCGAUCCUCUCCAAGACCACUUCUUCAUCGACGUCCACCUCGACGCGCACAUCGGUGCCCUUACCGUCCCCGCAGCCGACGUCCUUCGACAAGUUUGACCUCCUGCUGUCCAUCGAUGUUGCGCUCGAGCUCAUCCACGCGGACCGCGAGUCCCUCAAGCGCGCAGAGACUUUCUCAGGGUACCCGGGGCAGUACGGCCACCGGGUGCGUGACACGAUCGAAGAGAUCUUCGUGCUCCUUCUGCAGGCACUUGGCGAGCGACAUGUUAAACCUGGUUUCGACUCAGCGACGCAACAGAUGAGAACGUACCAGCCUGCGGAACACGAGGAGACGAGGAGUGUCGCGCCGCUGUUGCAGUUCUUCGAGCUCGUGCACAUGGGAGACACCAUCCAGAGCAUGGUUCAGGUGUACUUCGACAAGGAACUGGCUCCGCACAUUGAUCGGACGGACUUCCUCAACUCGGUCGUUCGCGAGAAGAAGCGGUUCGAGGAUGUCCUUGACGACUGCGUCGCUGCCGGCCUCAACGCGGGCACGGAUGCUCUGAUGAACCAGGUUGAGCAUAUCAUCUCGAAGCUCACGGGACCUCGAGCAUACUACCCGCAAGAGGGCGCUCCGCUCGAGCUUGGUCCGACGAAGGGCUGCGUCGAGGCGAUUCAGUGUUUGAAGAUGCAUUGUCAGCUGCUGAAGGGCAGCACAAGCAAGGAAGUCCUCGAGGUGUUCUAUCAAGAGAUCGGUAUCCGACUUAUCGCCAUCCUCCAAAAACACCUCAAGCGGCAGAUCAUCUCGCUGAACGGUGGCUUCCAGGUCAUCGCCGACCUCAAUGCGUACCAUACCUUCAUCGCGUCGUUAAAGGUCAGCAGCAUUGCAUCCGAGUUCUCGUACCUCAAGAUGCUCGGGCACGUCUACGUCGUCGAAGAUGCGAAAGACCUUGCGCAGAUUGUCCGCGAUGUGACACGCUACGGAGGCGCCUACAAGCCAGAGGACGUAUACGAGUUCAUCCAGCGACGGGCGGACUGGAAGAGGAUCGAAAAGACAGUCGAUAAGACGAUGUAUAAUCUCAGUUUCAAGGAGGACUGCGUUAUUUGCUGACUACCAUCGCGUCGUUCGGAGUGAGACCAGCGAGUGCAGCAGCAGG